GUAGUUGCGGGGGGCGGGCGGUGAGGACACCGCUUCAUAAGGGAAGGGGUGGCUGCCUCCCCCAGAAGGGGGUGGCCCCUGAGGUCCCUCCAGCUGGGGGCCCUUGAGAGGGAGGGUGGGGAGAGGGGAAAAAACGUCAGGAGAGUGAACGGGAGCAAAUAAAACGCUGUCCAUUCUCUGACUGGAAGGGCCAGAGCCGUGUCUAAGGGCGGGGGCCGGGAGGUGGCCCGCGGUGGUGUCUCUACCAGGACGAGGCCUGGGGUAUCUGAAGAGGGGAUGACGUCCAGGCGCUUUGCUAAAGGGAAGCCAGAAGGGUAUGAGUUGCUAGGGUCAGAGAUGUGGCUUUCGGCUCGAGUCUUUCCCUGCAGGGCAGAGAGUCCGAAGAGCCCGAGAAGGCAGGGAGGACAGUGGGCCUGGUCCUUCCCCAGCCGGCAGAGGGAGUCCCGAGAUGGAACGUCCAGCUCUCCUCUAACGAAAAGCGUUUGCAUGGCUGUCUCGCCAAUUCUGUACCUCCCGGGGCUGAGGAAGAGCCGAGGUGACUAGAAGCUAGCGACAGGUGCCGGCCACCUCGGACGCCAGGCGCCGGGCUUGGAGCCCGACGGGCCGAAUUCUCGCGAGAGCGGCCGCCGCCAUUUUUCCAUUGAUUGCAGCGGGCUGGGGGAGGGGCCGACGACGAAGGCGGCUGUGGUAGCGGCGGCGGCGGCGGCGGAGCCCUGGGUCGGUGUCUGCGCGCUGGUGUCUGAGGCCCAGGCUGAGGCCUCCGCUAUUGCUGGAGCGCAGGCGGCGGAGAGGAUGACUGCCGCUGCCAUUCUCUCUUGAGCUAGCGAGCCGCCGCCACCCUCCACCCUCCCCCGGCAGGGCGGAGAGGAGCGGCCGGAGUCAGCGAUGGUGCCCGGCGAGGAGAACCAACUGGUCCCGAAAGAGAUAGAAAAUGCUGCUGAAGAACCUAGAGUCUUAUGUAUUAUACAAGAUACUACUAAUUCAAAGACAGUGAAUGAACGGAUCACUUUAAAUUUACCAGCAUCUACUCCAGUCAGAAAGCUCUUUGAAGAUGUGGCCAACAAAGUAGGCUACAUAAAUGGAACCUUUGACUUGGUGUGGGGAAAUGGAAUCAAUACUGCUGAUAUGGCACCACUGGAUCAUACCAGCGACAAGUCACUUCUCGACGCUAAUUUUGAGCCAGGAAAAAAGAACUUUCUGCAUUUGACAGAUAAAGAUGGUGAACAACCUCAAAUACUGCUGGAGGAUUCCAGUGCUGGGGAAGACAGUGUUCAUGACAGGUUUAUAGGUCCGCUUCCAAGAGAAGGUUCUGUGGGUUCUACCAGUGAUUAUGUCAGCCAAAGCUACUCCUACUCAUCUAUUUUGAAUAAAUCAGAAACUGGAUAUGUGGGACUAGUAAACCAAGCAAUGACUUGCUAUUUGAAUAGCCUUUUGCAAACACUUUUUAUGACUCCUGAAUUUAGGAAUGCAUUAUAUAAGUGGGAAUUUGAAGAAUCUGAAGAAGAUCCAGUGACAAGUAUUCCAUACCAACUUCAAAGGCUUUUUGUUUUGUUACAAACCAGCAAAAAGAGAGCAAUUGAAACCACAGAUGUUACAAGGAGCUUUGGAUGGGAUAGUAGUGAGGCUUGGCAGCAGCAUGAUGUACAAGAACUAUGCAGAGUCAUGUUUGAUGCUUUGGAACAGAAAUGGAAGCAAACAGAACAGGCUGAUCUUAUAAAUGAGCUAUAUCAAGGCAAGCUGAAGGACUACGUGAGAUGUCUGGAAUGUGGUUAUGAGGGCUGGCGAAUCGACACAUAUCUUGAUAUUCCGUUGGUCAUCCGACCUUAUGGGUCCAGCCAAGCAUUUGCUAGUGUGGAAGAAGCAUUGCAUGCAUUUAUUCAGCCAGAGAUUCUGGAUGGCCCAAAUCAGUAUUUUUGUGAACGUUGUAAGAAGAAGUGUGAUGCACGGAAGGGCCUUCGGUUUUUGCAUUUUCCUUAUCUGCUGACCUUACAGCUGAAAAGAUUCGAUUUUGAUUAUACAACCAUGCAUAGGAUUAAACUGAAUGAUCGAAUGACAUUUCCCGAGGAACUAGAUAUGAGUACCUUUAUUGAUGUUGAAGAUGAGAAAUCUCCUCAGACUGAAAGUUGCACUGACAGUGGAGCAGAAAAUGAAGGUAGUUGUCACAGUGAUCAGAUGAGCAACGAUUUCUCCAAUGAUGAUGGUGUUGAUGAAGGAAUCUGUCUUGAAACCAAUAGUGGAACUGAAAAGAUCUCAAAAUCUGGACUUGAAAAGAAUUCCUUGAUCUAUGAACUUUUCUCUGUUAUGGUUCAUUCUGGGAGCGCUGCUGGUGGUCAUUAUUAUGCAUGUAUAAAGUCAUUCAGUGAUGAGCAGUGGUACAGCUUCAAUGAUCAACAUGUCAGCAGGAUAACACAAGAGGACAUUAAGAAAACACAUGGUGGAUCUUCAGGAAGCAGAGGAUAUUAUUCUAGUGCUUUCGCAAGUUCCACAAAUGCAUAUAUGCUGAUCUAUAGACUGAAGGAUCCAGCCAGAAAUGCAAAAUUUCUAGAAGUGGAUGAAUACCCAGAACAUAUUAAAAACUUGGUGCAGAAAGAGAGAGAGUUGGAAGAACAAGAAAAGAGACAACGAGAAAUUGAGCGCAAUACAUGCAAGAUAAAAUUAUUCUGUUUGCAUCCUACAAAACAAGUAAUGAUGGAAAAUAAAUUGGAGGUUCAUAAGGAUAAGACAUUAAAGGAAGCAGUAGAAAUGGCUUAUAAGAUGAUGGAUUUAGAAGAGGUAAUACCCCUGGAUUGCUGUCGCCUUGUUAAAUAUGAUGAGUUUCAUGAUUAUCUAGAACGGUCAUAUGAAGGAGAAGAAGAUACACCAAUGGGGCUUCUACUAGGUGGCGUCAAGUCAACAUAUAUGUUUGAUCUGCUGUUGGAGACGAGAAAGCCUGAUCAGGUUUUCCAAUCUUAUAAACCUGGAGAAGUGAUGGUGAAAGUUCAUGUUGUUGAUCUAAAGGCAGAAUCUGUAGCUGCUCCUAUAACUGUUCGUGCUUACUUAAAUCAGACAGUUACAGAAUUCAAACAACUGAUUUCAAAGGCCAUCCAUUUACCUGCUGAAACAAUGAGAAUAGUGCUGGAACGCUGCUACAAUGAUUUGCGUCUUCUCAGUGUCUCCAGUAAAACCCUGAAAGCUGAAGGAUUUUUUAGAAGUAACAAGGUGUUUGUUGAAAGCUCCGAGACUUUGGAUUACCAGAUGGCCUUUGCAGAGUCUCAUUUAUGGAAACUCCUGGAUCGGCAUGCAAAUACAAUCAGAUUGUUUGUUUUGCUACCUGAACAAUCCCCAGGAUCUUAUUCCAAAAGGACAGCAUACCAGAAAGCUGGAGGCGAUUCUGGUAAUGUGGAUGAUGACUGUGAAAGAGUCAAAGGACCUGUAGGAAGCCUAAAGUCUGUGGAAGCUAUUCUAGAAGAAAGCACUGAAAAACUCAAAAGCUUGUCACUGCAGCAACAGCAGGAUGGAGAUAAUGGGGACAGCAGCAAAAGUACUGAGACAAGUGACUUUGAAAACAUCGAAUCACCUCUCAAUGAGAGGGACUCUUCAGCAUCAGUGGAUAAUAGAGAACUUGAACAGCAUAUUCAGACUUCUGAUCCAGAAAAUUUUCAGUCUGAAGAACGAUCAGACUCAGAUGUGAAUAAUGACAGGAGUACAAGUUCAGUGGACAGUGAUAUUCUUAGCUCCAGUCAUAGCAGUGAUACUUUGUGCAAUGCAGACAAUGCUCAGAUCCCUUUGGCUAAUGGACUUGACUCUCACAGUAUCACAAGUAGUAGAAGAACGAAAGCAAAUGAAGGGAAAAAAGAAACAUGGGAUACAGCAGAAGAAGACUCUGGAACUGAUAGUGAAUAUGAUGAGAGUGGCAAGAGUAGGGGAGAAAUGCAGUACAUGUAUUUCAAAGCUGAACCUUAUGCUGCAGAUGAAGGUUCUGGGGAAGGAUAUAAAUGGUUGAUGGUGCAUGUUGAUAAAAGAAUUACUCUGGCAGCUUUCAAACAACAUUUAGAGCCCUUUGUUGGAGUUUUGUCCUCUCACUUCAAGGUCUUUCGAGUGUAUGCCAGCAAUCAAGAGUUUGAGAGCGUCCGGCUGAAUGAGACACUUUCAUCAUUUUCUGAUGACAAUAAGAUUACAAUUAGACUGGGGAGAGCACUUAAAAAAGGAGAAUACAGAGUUAAAGUAUACCAGCUUUUGGUCAAUGAACAAGAGCCAUGCAAGUUUCUGCUAGAUGCUGUGUUUGCUAAAGGAAUGACUGUACGGCAAUCAAAAGAGGAAUUAAUUCCUCAGCUCAGGGAGCAAUGUGGUUUAGAGCUCAGUAUUGACAGGUUUCGUCUAAGGAAAAAAACAUGGAAGAAUCCUGGCACUGUCUUUUUGGAUUAUCAUAUUUAUGAAGAAGAUAUUAAUAUUUCCAGCAACUGGGAGGUUUUCCUUGAAGUUCUUGAUGGGGUAGAGAAGAUGAAGUCCAUGUCACAGCUUGCAGUUUUGUCAAGACGGUGGAAGCCUUCAGAGAUGAAGUUGGAUCCCUUCCAGGAGGUUGUAUUGGAAAGCAGUAGUGUGGACGAAUUGCGAGAGAAGCUUAGUGAAAUCAGUGGGAUUCCUUUGGAUGAUAUUGAAUUUGCUAAGGGUAGAGGAACAUUUCCCUGUGAUAUUUCUGUCCUUGAUAUUCAUCAAGAUUUAGACUGGAAUCCUAAAGUUUCUACCCUGAAUGUCUGGCCUCUUUAUAUCUGUGAUGAUGGUGCGGUCAUAUUUUAUAGGGAUAAAACAGAAGAAUUAAUGGAAUUGACAGAUGAGCAAAGAAAUGAACUGAUGAAAAAAGAAAGCAGUCGACUCCAGAAGACUGGACAUCGUGUAACAUACUCACCUCGUAAAGAGAAAGCACUAAAAAUAUAUCUGGAUGGAGCACCAAAUAAAGAUCUCACUCAAGACUGACUCUGAUAGUGUAGCAUUUUCCCUGGGGGAGUUUGGUUUUAAUUAGAUGGUUCACUACCACUGGGUAGUGCCAUUUUGGCCGGACAUGGUUGGGGUAACCCAGUGACACCAGCACUGAUUGGACUGCCCUACACCAAUCAGAAGCUCAGUGCCCAAUGGGCCACUGUUUUGACUCGGAAUCAUGUUGUGCACUAUAGUCAAAUGUACUGUAAAGUGAAAAGGGAUGUGCAAAAAAAUAAAAAAAAAAAACAAAAAAAGCUAACCUUCUAUUAGAAAAGGGGACAGGGGAAUGAGUAAACUUCUUUUAUUGCAGACAAAUGUGCACAUAGCCGCUAGUAAAACUAGCCUCAAACAGGAUGCUCAUAGCUUAAUAAUAAAAGCUGUGCAAAGGCCAUGAAUGAAUGAAUUUUCUGUUUAUUUCACUGAUACACACAUUACCUCAUUGACAAUUCAGAAGUAAAUCCAACGUGUGUUGACUCUUGGAAAGCAGCAAAAACAGGAGCUGAAGAAAAGAAAUUCUUAGAACCAGCCAUAACCCAGUAAGGAAUUGUGAAGUUGUGUUUUUAUUUUGUUUCAUUUUUUGCAGAGUAUUAAGAACAUUAUUCUGGAACAUCAGAACGUUUCCCUUAGACCGAUCCCAGCAGGUGGCAGCUCAGAUUGCUGCAGUGUUGUAAUUAUAACUGAUUGUACUUAAGUUAUGGAUGUAGAGAAUAUGUUUCAUUCAUUUAUUCAGCAUGUAAAUAAAAUUGAUCCUGUUGAGUUAUCAUAAUUGCAGUUCAACUAUCUGCCAUGAUUAUUCUUUUCACGUAUCAUUCAUUCUGUACAUUUGUGUACAUUGAGAAGUAUAGCAAUCUAUGUAAAUGUAAUCCUCAGUGAGGUUCCUCAGUGCUAGGUCCCAUAGGAUUGUCGUUGCCCUUGUUAAUGAGGUUUCUCUGUUCAGCGGCUUCAAUUUUUUUCUCUUUGUACAUCUAGUUUUGAAGAUUUACUUCAAGUUUGAAUCUUCUAGAAUGCUUGUAAGUCCAGUUUUAAUUUUUAGAGUCAAUUUGUAGUUACAUGUAGUUUAACUUUUGGGAAACGUCGUAACAUUGUUCAGAAUAAACUUGCUAAUGAGGUCAGGUCAUGGUACAGACUGAUGCAGUCAACAUGAUUUCAUUGCAGAGUUUAUUAGUAUCAGCAAGUUUUUGCUUUGCUAAAUAAAAGUACUCAAUGCACACAAUUCUACAUAAAUUUUGACAUACCAUCUAAUUUAUAAAAAUCAAUAAAAAAGGUUUUGGUAAAACUUUUUCAUGCCAGAUGCUGUUUACAACAAUGAACAUGCCAAUAAAACAUUUGUUCAUUCUGUUGUGUUAUUUUAGUCAUUAAACUUCUGUGGAUGAAGAAUCUGGGUUAAGAAUAGAUUUGUCAUCUUUAAAUAUGACAUUUUGUAAUGUGUAUUGGAUAUCUCAUUUCUAUGAUAAAGGUAUAUUUACAGUAAAGUUCUCAUAAGAGAAAUGAAAAGCUGUGUUAAUAUCUAACUUUGGGGAACCCUGUCAGUAUUUCAGAUCCGAUUUUUACCCUUUUUUUCUUAUAAGUAAGAAAGAUAAAAUUAGAAAAUACUGUUAGCAAAUGUGGCUCUGCCAUUUGAAUAUAAUCACCGAGAAUUCCAUAAUGUCUUAAAAGUCUCCUGGAAUCCACAAUGAAAAAAAAAAUCUUUUCUAAGGUAUUUUUCUGGCUAAUUUUUAUUUGAAGAAAGCUAUAGCAUUUAGCGAAAUUUGACUGAAGUAAUGUUCUGAGUUUGCAUUAGUGGGAUUGGUGAUGUUCUCAGAAGAAAAUUGGAAACACUUGUGAUGAAUUGUCUUUCAGAUCACUUAGAUUUUCUGAUGUAAGAGGACAGCUAUUUGGUUCUGAUACAGGCCUGCUUACUUGGGAUGUAGGGUUAGUAAAUGGGGUUUCUGCUUUAAAGGACUGACUUGCUAUCGCACAAGAGAGGCAGACUUGUAAACAAAAUGGGCUUUGGAGUUUGGUCUGAUUGGGUUUGGUUUAGUAUUCCUAUGAGCGUAAACGGCAAAAUUCUUCUGAUACCCACUCUUCAGACUGUGCCUUCUGCUCUGUUAUGUGUUUUAUGUUUAACUGCUGUUUCUAAUUGCAGGUGUAUUACAGAUACAAAUAAGAGUAAAGAAAAUAUAUUUCAUUAUAGAAAAGAAAAAAUUAAAAGCUUCUUGCUUUUCAGUGCCUGAUAGAGUGAAAACACAAAGUUGCACUUUAAUAAUUUCAAUAAAAGCUAAUCUGUGUCAGCCUCCCUCUGCUUCAGAGAGUCAGGUGAGCAUCCAUAACCUAACAGGCAGAGCCCUAGCGAUGUGGAUCAAGUUUCCUGAGCCCGGGGGCGGUGGAGCCUCAUGAUCUCUUAUCUUUUGAGGCUGAGGCAGGUCACAUGCAACACAUUGUGACCCUGCUCCCCACAAGUCAUGCAAAGGUUUUGAAGAGCUUUUACCGUGGGGCAGAUGAACUUGUGCCAACCAUGCACACCCUGUGAGAACCAAGUACCUGUGUUUCUAAGGCGGGCACUCAAGGUGAGAGGUGCAUUCUGGCCAAAGAAACAAAAGCUGUGGUUUCAGGACCAUGCCGUGUGUAGCUGGUCUGUACGGGACGUGUAUGUAAGGAAGAGCAAUCAUGAUAGAUAAGAACAGUGUGUGAAGCAGCCCUCACACUAGAGUGUUUGGUCAUCUCUUAUAAUGUAAGGGAAGGUACUUUAAAAUUCUGGGAAGAUGCGAUGAACUCAUGUCCCAGUCAGAAAAUAAUCCAAUGAAAUAAGCAUUGGUUGCCAGGCCACAGUUAGGAAUUGUAUUGUGAUACAUCUAGAGGCCAAGAGAGCAGGAGAGAGCUACCAACUUACACUGUGGUUUAAGCUAAAUGACCGCACAGCAUCAUAGCAUUGCAGUGUUGUUACUAAAUCUGGAAGUGACCUGUGAAUGUAUGGAAUACAAUAAAGUCUUUUAUUCUGGUUCA